AUGUCAACGGGUCGGAAAUCCUCCCACGGACGUGGCCGAAUACGCAAUGCAGCCCAGCUGGAGCGCAAACGCAUCUUAGACCGAGAACACCAGAGACUCCGACGUCAGAAGGCCAAGCGGCUAUCUGACACGAUCCAGGAGGAAAUGUCCCAGUUGCGACAAGACCUCACAUUGACACUGGGUAGAUUGGACAGGCUCUGCCAACUUGUGCAAAUUCAUGAAGUCUCGGACUGUCUCAAGACUAGUAAGGCAAAUAUAGGAGUGAUGGAAGGUGUAACCAGCGGACACGCACCGCCAGUCCCAGUAUGUACUAUGUUAGGCAAAGUGCGGAUCACACCAAAUCACUCGGCUUCCACACAUACACAUCCACCUGGCGGUUGCCCAGUAGAUAGCCACAGACUGGACGACGGUAAGGGACUCUACCAGCCCUUUUCUACCGCCAACCCAACCAUUGCAUCUACCUGCGAAUGCUUCUGUGGUAUCCAUCAUCAAAGCAUUAAGGAGUGCACAGACUUCCAUACCAUUCAACUGCUGCUAAAGGCCCACACCGCCAUACAGUACACCCCAGCUGCACCACAGCUCUAUCCGCGCACCCCCAAGAUAGCGAGUUUACUAUUAUUAGAGGACACCCUUAACCCUGUUGUCGAAGUAGUGGGUCCUAUGUUGAAGAGAAGCAGCCCUGCCUCACUGAUUGAUACAGUAGCCAUCUAUUUGAUCAUGUACCGCUUACUGCGAUGGAGAGUCUACCCUAUCCCAGAGACCUUUCGAGAUGUUCCCUCAUGGUACCGUCCGUCGAAGCUCCAGCGAACUCAGCCCCAUCCUAUAUGUAUCGACUUCCUUGCAUGGCCAGAUCUACGGGAACAUCUUAUCCUGAACUUCGCUUCCUUAGACAAACUCAGCUUUAGCAGAUUAACAACAGAUGCUAUUACUGUCCACUGGCCUGGGGAUCAAUAUGCAAUAAUGAGAGACAUUGAGGGCGACUGGGCUUUGAAUCCACAAUUCGAGGAUCAUGUUUACACCUACUCUAAUUGGAAGUUAAAGCGAGGAUGGGCUGACAGAUUCCCUCAUCUUGUACAUCUAGUAAAUACCUUUGAUCAUUAA